UGUGUGAUGUAUUGUGAUUGGAUAUUGGAUAUCUACUAUGUUCGUCUUGUUUACAAACAGUUGGUUCAUUCAUAUUUCGAAAAAGAGAAAUCGUCACAAUUCGUAAACUUAUGUCACGAAUUUUCCAGACUAAUUUGGACGUAGAAUUUUAGUCGGAAAGAUGCUCCUGAAAACUAUUGAAAUGCGUAGGAUAUUAGAACCCAUCGAGGCUCAGUACCCACACCAAUGACGCGCUAAAAAAUGCCUUAUAGAUCAUCGUCUGCAUCAUCAUCAUAAUAUGUGCACCAAACAACUUGGGCAUCACACUUUUAAAUCCCACUAAUUGAAAACUGGACACCUUCGUGAUUCCAUCACUGAAUUAUUUAUCAUAUGACGAAUAUAGAAAUAACUGAAUAAGCUUAACAAAAGGUGGACAGUCUUUUGCUCAAGCCAAGGUGAAAAAUGGGGUAUAAAAUUUUAAAUUGCAGUAAAGAUGUGAUCAUCGACGAUAAGUUUCAAUGGUUCAACAAUUAAGAGGAUUAUUGUCAACAAAAAAUCCUGAAAUCCCUGACACUGUAAUGGAUUCAUCAUCACUCUCUGAGGAAUUGCAUACUUUAGCGGACGAGCUUGAGAAAUUAUUAUCAAACAACGAUUGCAAUGACUCUGAAGAAAUGAAGAGCAAAAUCGUUGCAUUGAUCGGACAAUUCUGUUCUACUAACAAAAACAACGACUUGGUGAUGCAAUUGCACAAAGUGGAUAGCCAAGAUCUAGUUUCUGAUAUCCUCGAUAAAUUUACAAGUGCCUUGGAAGCUCUGGAAAAAUUAGAAUGUCUGCCGUUGAAACAAAGUCUCCAGGAUUCUUGGGACUAUGUUAAAGACAUGGGAGCUGAACAAGAGAUUGAAGACUUUCAAAACAUUAAGGAAUUGGGAGCCUCAAUUGUGGAAGUUUUCAGCCCCCUGCAGAAGUUCAGGAAAAGCUUAGCCUCGAAUUUACUAUCCCAAAAGGUUGCUCUCUAUUCAAGCCAGCUUUGCGCAGCUCUGAAUGUCCUCUUUCUGCUUAUCCAAGAACAGCACCAACUCAACAGUCCAAUUUAUAGCUGCAAGAAGUACGCCUGUGACAGAAUGAGCUGGUGCUUUAAAAUGCUUGUGAACGUUCUUGAUGCUCCUAAUCCAACAGCCGAGGAGGAAAAUUUUGAAAAAGAAAACCACUUUGUUUACAGAAUGGAUCUGGCACUAGACAUUUUGGCUGAAAUGUCAACAAAAACCGGGGAGGAUCAAAUCCUAGAUUGCGAGUAUUUAUGGUCCGCACUCGAGGACGUCUUUGCCCAUGCAAUGGCCAUAGCGCAAGUCUGUCAUCCUUACAACUUCAACGCAAUUACCGGAGUUUCUCAGUCGAUAAUCACCGAAUACGAGAGCCUGAAGGCGCAACUGACCUCCGAGAAGCCUGAUCCCAGUAUAAACAACCUGUACAUGAAUACUUUGAAUGAUGCUCUGUACAGACUUGAACAAAAAGUAAACGUUUCGGUGCUGACUCUGGUCAUGGAAGUGUUCAGCGAUCCUUAUGGCGCGCUUAGGAAGCUCAUAAAAACCUGUGGAAAUUCUCUGGCGGCGCAAGAACGCAGCAGAAUCGACCUGAGCACCGCGAUCGAGGAGUUCGACCAAACAACUGACAAAGCUAUGCAGAUCGGAAUGUUUGCCAUUGCUUGCUGCAAGGACAUGAACAGAGUGACGAAAAUCCGAACCUGCUUAGCUAGUCUUGAAUCUCUGGAGCCCGAACUUGUUCCUGCAACAACAGCCUUUUAUCUGCAUCCUGACAACAAGGAAAUGCGAGCCACCGUUAAACUGUUGACUGGGCAGUGGCAGUUGGAAAUGAACAAAUUGCAUAAAUUGGUCGAUGUUAUUGUUGACUCUGGCGCAUAUUGUCAGGUAAUUCUGGAUGACAUACAACAGCGAGUGAUGAGGAUGUCCGAGUACCUUGAUAACAGAGAAGGUGUGACCCAAGCCCAGGUUCAAGGAGUUGUGCAAAGGGCUUUGUCACUAUCCAGCCAAAUAGAUGCAACAGUCGAAGACAUUGGGAGGGAUCAAAUCGAAAGGCCAACGAUUAUGAUGAUACAAGAACUGAAAGCUGCAAUUUACGAAGCUGGAAUGGCGUCAAAAAUACUCCUCGAUAGCGCAACAGAAGCGCAGCAGUUGCGAGUUAUAAAAAGAUGCGAGCUAAUUCUUAAUGUUAUUAAACGCCUGCAGCCUGCGCUGGUCGCUUUGAUAAAUAGUUCCACCUCGAUGCACACAAGUUAUGGAAAGGCGAGCAUGGGUCAAGGUGAUACAUUGCACGAUCCAGGGCUCACAUUUUCUGCGGAUAUUUACGGGUUCACCAGAAACGAACGAACCUUUACGUACAUCAGGACACCAUAUACAGUCAAUAGCAACAAGCAGCCUCUGUCCAUACAACCGGCGAACAGUUCGCCAAGGACACCGACUAAUCAGUCGCGUUUGAUUCCAUACAUAAAACGCGGCAGGACGAUGCGAACUGACAGAUCGAUCAUGUACAAAACACCGAAAGCCGAUGUCAAGGAAAUAUCUAUGAAUUCAGAGGAAACUUUUGAAGCUAACAAUCAAUCGAGAACUAGAAAUUUAUCCAUUGUCAGGCAGCACCUGUUUAGCAGGGACAGUUUUGACAUAAAACAAGACAUUGAUAUGAAUUCGGAGAGUUUCGACUUGACUGGAAUAUUGGACAAGAUAACGUGUCUCUCCGACACGCUAAGUUCGACGUUAUCAAUUUCUUGCUCGCCUCGAAAAGUUCAGAGUACAAAAGACAUGUCGCUGCCUGAGGUAAAGGCAUCGCGAGAUAUUACCGAGAGUAUAAUUAACGUGGAGAGAGAUGCAAGCCUAACAAACUUGGGUGAAUCUAUGGCUGCAGACAGAAUAGACCAGUGUUCAACAAUCGGAGGCGGAGACGCGCCCUCGGCAAUUGAUACCCCGGAAAGAAUAGAAGAUCUGAAAAGAUUGGAUAAGAAAAUUCAAGUUUUGAUACACCAAAAAAUCUCUGCAGAUUAGUUAUGGCCAUUAUUACUAUUCUUAAGUACACGUAUAAUAUCCGAGUAGAAAACUGAAAAUGUGAGUGAAUUUUGAUAAUUUAUAUCUCGACAAGCAAUUGUUUAAUUCGGUCGGGGUUUGUUUUAUUCAAAAGUGGAUAAAUUGAGCUGCAUUUGCAUAUUUUUUCACCAGAAUCAACUGAUAGCAAGCAUCGUUAUUGACAAUUAAGGUCAACCAUUUUGCUCGAUGGCAAGUUUUGUGUUGCCGACCAUAUCUCAAAAACGGCUUAAUCCCAUUUACUUCAAAUUUGGAGGGAGAAUUUUUGAAUGGCUUAUCCUCUUUACCACGUUUUUUUUAUUCAUAUGUUCUAACAAAAAUGGUGAUUGCAGGAAAUUGAAUUGCCCAACCGAAUCGCAAUAUUAGUUGACGAACUAUAAAUUCCCGAACCUCAUUCACCUUUUCACCAAUCUGCCCGGAAAGUAAACAAAAAGUAUUUUCACACUCGACGAAAUAAUGUUUGAACGAAUGAACUAACGUUCAAGACACUUUUUCAAAGACGUUGGAUUAUAGCUUUAUAAGAUCCAUUUACCAAUAUCAU